AUGAUAACCAACAAGCGCUCCGACCCUCCCGUUGCGACCGCAUCACCCGCAUCAGGAUGCCAAUCUGGGAGCCUCAGCGUCUUAGGAGGAUUGACCGUACAGGCCAACACGACACCAAUCUGGCAACCUCUCCCUGGCACACCUUGGCAAAUCGUGUUCAACGCUCCCAUCGAUGCAUCUAAGCCUCUUCUUCCUGCUCUAUCAGUCUAUGACAUCGAUAUGUACGGCAACACUGCUUUGACUAUCCAACAAAUGCAUCUCCAAGGCAUCAAGGUCAUUUGCUACUUCUCGGCCGGCAGUUGGGAGUCCUACAGACCUGAUGCUGGAAUGUUCCCUCCACAAGAUAUUGGCAAUGACUUGAGUGGCUGGCCUGGCGAGAAGUGGCUUAACACAGAUAGCAAGGCAGUAAGAGAUAUCAUGGCCAACCGAAUCAAGUUGGCUGCGGAUAAAGGUUGUGACGCCGUCGACCCGGACAACAUGGAUGGGUUUGAAACGAACACAGGAUUUCCCCUCAAUGCUGGCACAGCUUUGAACUACCUCUCCUUCCUCUCCCUAACAGCCGCCUCUCACAACAUGGCCAUCGGCCUCAAGAAUGCAGGAUCCAUCGCCAAAAAUGCCACUUGCAUGGUCGAAUUCUCCAUUAUCGAAUCUUGCAUCACGAACAACCAAUGCGCUAUCUACAACAACUUCAUCGCUGCUGGUAAACCAGUUUUCCAGAUCGAGUAUCCGGCUGGUGCGCCUGGGAAGGUUAGUGCGGAGAACUUGGCUAAGAGCUGUAAGAUAAAUGGCAAUGUCGGAUAUUCGGAGGUCAUCAAGGGGAAGGAUCUUGGUGGGUGGGUUGAGUAUUGUGAUGGUACUGUUUUCAAUACUGCCGUACAAUCCUAG